GCAACAAUGGAGUUUUGUCGGUUUCGUUGUGAAAUAUGGAUAAAAAUAUUUAUUUUGGACCAAUAAAAUAACUCUUUGAUCGAUAUUAAACGCAAUUAAAACAGUGCUUUGUGUCGUGCAGCGGUUCAUGUUAAAUGUGUGAAUAUUGACUCUACCAGAUUGAUUUUUUGGAUGCGUGCGCCGUGAAAGCAUCUCGGGUUACCUGUACUUCUAACUGAGCUUUGAAACGAGAUCUGACAAUCUCGGUGUUCAACUUAUGAGUCGACGGUGAAUCACCCUCUGACGUAAACGGUCGGAGACCGGAGCAGACGUCACCACGCUACCAUCAUGACGCUGCACUGGUGGAUGCACUGGUUCUGGGUGACAAUGCUCCUCAUCGUUAUAGCGAGCACCGGAAGAAACCUCGCCGCCCCACAGUCUGAAGAAUUGCCACACUACGCUGACUUCGAAAUUGAACCCCACGUCGCCGAAAGACAAGCGAGGGCUAUGUACUUCACAAAAACCCCACAGAUCACUAAUAUUAACAAAACAACCCCAACGACACAGAGAAACAACACAGAGAAAGACUCCCCAAAAACUAACACAACUAUCACAAACAUGACUUUAUCAUUCACAAAUACAACUCAAAUACAAACAAUAAAAUGGACUCCAGUCAACAUAACAGAUAGUAACGUAUCCAUUGUAUCACUACCGGAGAACGCAACGAACCUAAAUCUAACCAUAGAUUUCACAAACUUUACCGAAUCUCAGAACUCCAGCUUUACUAAAAAGCGCAAUUUAACAACACCCGAUUUUGUCAAAGAAGACCUAACUUUGGAAGGGGCUUCUGAAAGUCGAAUAGUCACUGAAAAACCGUUAUCUUUGGAGACGGCGUUUUUACAAACUAGAAUUCCACCGAACAUAGAAAGUUCUAGGAGGAUAAUAGAUUCUGGUGAUGGUGGCAUGGACACUGGAGCGAUAGCUGGGAUAUCGUUUGCGGCGUUGGUGUUGGCAGCGUUGGCUGGGAGCACAGCAUUCGUUCUAUACCGCAGAAGGUAUCUGAAUAAACCGCAGACUUUGAACGAUAAAUGCUCGAAUCCUGAUUCGAGUGGAUAUUUGGACGACAGUACAAUCCGGGAUAACUCAGAGGAGAUGUACAGCCUUGACAACGAUUCUUUCCUGAACUCGUUAGAGGCUAUGACGAUCCAGAACUAUUGGACGGACACCGUGAAGCACACCAAGCUUUAAUAUGACGUUCAAUUAACUAAAGUUAGUGACUUCUAAACUUAAAUUAGUGACAUUAGUGGAUAAUUUAAUGUUGUGAAAACAAUUUCGGUGAAUUCCAUAAUAUCUCUUAUAUUGACUAAAAUUAGUGACAUUUUGACUAAAAUUUGUAUAAUCUGUGACAUAUUAAAUUAUAUCAAAACACUUAGUGGUAUUGACAAAUUCUGUAUAGACAAUAUAAGUGUAUCUCAAGUGUACUAAGUAAGUAAGCCUACAAACUAGUAACUAAAAUGCCAGGUUUUCUGAUUAUACUAAUUGUUACUGUAGAAAAGAUACAUCAAUAUAUUUUCUGAAGUACACUGAGCGGUUACUUAAAUAAAAGAGAAGGAUCAGCCCGAUAAUCUUUGUGAACAUGGAUAGCUAAAUAAUUAGUUUUUUAGUUAAUUAAUGUUAAAGUUUAGUUUACAACAAUUAGUAUUACUAAUGUAAAAAAACAAUAAUGCAUGGCAUCUAAUUUAUAUACAUUACU